GUAAUCUAAACCAAUGCCUACUCUAGCUUAGACGAUCAACAUGCAUAAUGUAGGCCAGGUAAGAGGAUAGGUAAUCUACAUGGAACAAUCAUGGCUUCAUAGCUAUGUUCCAGAAAAAGAAAUGCAAACAAAAACCACUAUGAACACAGCUCAGACUUGCCUUUUAAAACUUCACCAUCCAAACCUCUCUCAAACAGAACCGUCAAUACCAUCUAGAGCCAUACAACAAGCAAAACCGACACACAACCCCUCAAUCCACAAGACCAACCCGCCAACACACCCACCUGCCCCCAAAUGCUCGAUCUCAUUGCCAUAUAUACGGUUAGAACCAUCCGAGCCCAUUAAUGCCCUGCACCUUCGCUCUGAUAGCCAGUGCAGAAGGUGGAACAAUAAUGAGCAGGCGGUCUCUUUACCGCUCUAAAAACAAAUACACACACAUUGGCCUGAGUGAGUCUGGGGACAGGGGAGGCGGGAUGAGCACGGUCCAAAGAUCAAGGAAGAUUGCACGUCACUUGAUGCUGGGUGGAUGGUAGAAAUGGGGGGUUUGAGGCUAGAUGAGGUGUGAA